UCUUCUAUUUAAUUAACCUGCAGGGCCAGAACUGAUACACAAAAUUUGUUUACUACCUCUUCACUUUGAAGUGUUUCCGGCGACUGGUCUGUGAACCGGCAGAGAAGUGGGAUUCAGAUGGAUCCAGGAGUAAUUGAGAUGGGCUUAGUCAUGGCCCUUGUGAGCAUGCUUUGUAAGGGAACUGGGCCCCAAUUGGGUUGCACAACUGUGAUCCUUAGUUUAGCGCCAUGCCUUAGCUACAUCAUGGGAAAUUCCUCCACGCCAUCCUCAUGGUGCUGCUCCCAGCUUUUCAGCGUGAUUCAGUCACAGCCAGGAUGCCUUUGUUCAGUGCUCAACGGUGGCGCUGCAUCACUGGGCGUCACCGUAAACCCAGCUGUUGCUUUGGCACUUCCUGGUGCUUGCAGUGUUAUUCAGACUCCGGUGAUUAGCAACUUCAAUUCUAGUGCUGUUCCAGCAACCUCCGGGGCUUCUCCACCGAGCUCAUCUUCUUCAAAUGGAACUCCUGAUUCUAAGACUACGCCAUCAGUAUCAACGCCUCCUCCAGGAAGCGGAUCUAGAAAUGUAUCGACGUCGAUGAAAGGAGUAGAUUCCUCCAAUGGAAGUAGUAGUACAAAAUCACCCUUUCAACUCAUUGUCUUCCUUCUCCUCGUUGGAUCAUGUGUUUCAACCAUCAUCAGCUCUUGAGUUUUUUUCUUCUUCUUCCUGGGUUCUUCGGUAUGUCCUGCUAUUUUGCAUAUUUUGUCUAGACUUGUUGUAUUAUUAGAUUGUAGAUUCCAUGACAAUAUAAGAGCUCCAGCUGGUUUUCUUCCUCUUUGAGAAUGAUAUGAAGUUGGUUGUUCAAGGGUGGGCUCACUGAGUAUAUUGGAAUUUUGUGGAUAGAUGUCUGAUGAGUAUAUUGGAAUUAAGACAAAGAAUUCUUAGAGAAACUGUUACAAAGAAUAUUUAACCAUGAAACACAACUUGACAUUAACAUCCACAGUUGGCCAUAUCUUGCACCCAGAGCCAGAAGUUGGGAGGAAUAUAAAAAUCAUGGAUCAGUAUGGGUAGCCCAGCCUUUUUCUGAGAUCGAUGCAUUGGCUUUUCUUCCUUCUCCUCUUCAGUGCAUCAUAUACGUUUCAAGCUUCACUGUAGCUAGCUUUUGAGUUCGUCUUCCCAUAUUUUGUAGCCGGGAGAGAUUCUUUGCUUUUCUUCAGAGAGUGGGGUCUUUGGUUUAAUUGGAUUUGUUUCAUGCACUCUAAUGUAUAAUUUGUAAUUUGUAAAUGGAGAUCAAUCAUGUUGAAAAUACAAAUGAAUUAUCUCUUAAUUUGCUACA